AUGUAUUUGCCCACGGAUCUCGGAAGGGCCCCGAUCAAAACCAACGGUCCCUCCCAGUUCCAGAUCCUGCUGAACACUAACAUAUGUCCCAUACAGACGAUUGACCCCAAUGCUGUGUACAAGCCUUCGGAAAGCGACUUCAGUUUUGAGAACUUGGACGGACUAUACAAGCCGGAUAUUGGCAUCCGAGUAUCUCGUUCUCAAUUACUACAAGACGAUCCUAACACGUAUGUUGCUUUCUCGAAAUUUGUCGAGCAAAACCUCAGGAAGUACCACACCACUCUGGGCAACCUCAACCACAACUUGAUGACCACUCCCGUGACGUUGCCCCCUGAGACAGUGGGUGCGCACGAUGGGAAAACGGAGAUUUUGCCAAUAGGAUGUUCUAUCAAUCCUUUGGUUUCUGAUCCAUUUAGAAAUGUGCACUUGACGCCGGGUUGCAUCACCACUAUUGUUCCCCUCGAUGAAACCCCACAUUCGUCGAAUGCGAACGGAAAGGGCUUUUCCGGCAAGAUCUGGGGCAAGAAAUCGGACAAACAGGGCCAUGGUUCUCAUAUUGACGGCCUGGACUUUUUGAAGCAACCACGGUCUUCGUUGAGCAGGACUACCUCAAAUUUCGUCGCCAAGGUCGCGACGGCCGAUAACAUGAGCAAGAAGCUGAAUAUGGCGAAAUCGGUUCUGAUAGCUGGUCAUGGACGAUUAAUCAACGUGAUUAACUUAUCUCCAAAUCCCAAAGAGAUGGAGGUGGAUGCGCCAUUGCUGAGAGUCACUCUUACCGUUGGUGUGAUAACGUGUGUUUCCACCUUCAAAUACGUCACUUCAACAGGCGAGAAGAACCUGGAUGUUCUGGUUGGACUCUCGACAGGUGACAUCAUCUGGUUCAACCCUUUUAGAAUGAAGUAUUCGCGGUGGAACAAAAACGCCAAGUUGAUCAGAAAGUCGGUGAUGUCGUUGGCUUGGUCAAGGUGUGGGAGAUUUGCCAUUGCAGGGUUCUCCAACGGUGAAGUCAUGACUUUCAAACGCGACCAAGAGGACGAGGAGAACUAUAGUCAUCAUGUCGAUGUCUUAAAGAAAAACAAGUACAUGAGAUGGUUUAGAAGUGGUGAGACGGCCCACGAGGCCAACCCGGCCUCCCACAUAAAGCUGUGCACGAGGGCAAUAACCAGCAUCAAGAUCCACCCUCAUCUGCACAAUCUUGCAGUUAUUACGUCAGACGAUGGUUUUUUCAGGAUCAUGGACCUACAGAGGGAGUUCAUCACGGAUGUGGUUCCCUCCUACUAUGGAGGGCUUCUGUGCUCUGAGAUCACGAGUGAUGGAAAAUACUUGUUAGUGGGUGGAGAGGACGACUUCGUGGCGAUCUACGAGUUUCUGUUAUCGUCUGCGCAGUCAAGUUUCCAGGGAACCGUGAAGCUGGUGGGAAGACUGCAGGGAAGUGCGUCAUGGGUGAGGGGGGUCACAAUUGACGAGUUCAAGACCACCAACGGAAUUCUGUAUAGAAUAGGCAGUGUUUCGGAUGAUGGAAGGCUGCAAUUGUACGAAUUUCAGCCCAGGAAUUUGCCAAAGGUCAAGAAAGCCGUCAACUUGCAACCACGAGCCGAGGAAAUUGAGAAUGGCAAUGCUUCCAGGAUGCAGUUGACAUCCACAGAAAGCAUCAAUGACGGAAGUACAGGUACAGCCGUCACUUUGGCCCAAAGAAAGAGGUUUGCUUUGAACAGACAGAAACGAUCUGACUCCGUUUCGUCGCUGACCUCAUCCACUGCCCAGCAACAGUUGUCUAUCAUCGAGCUGAUCAAAAGCACGUCUCAGGUAUCAUUGACCUCUGCCGAACACCACGCAAACGGUUAUGGCAACGCAAAUCUCAGCAAUGCGCUCUUCAAGUCUUCAACGAAUCAGGAGGACGCGAUGGUAUUUGGGCCUUCAAAAACUGUGGUUCACAGGGUCAUUGGAGUCAAGGAAGUUCCAGUGGUGUUUCCCAUUGGAGAGGACAAUUUGAAACUCGGCAGGAUGGAGGGUGUUUAUUUCGAGGAAAAUUAUAUUUGGGUUUUUUGCAGUACUGGCGACUUGAUGAGAUAUUUCAGGCCAUAA